GCCUGUGUGGCGUGACGUCAUCACCCUCCGACCGGCGCUUUCCGGGCCGCGCCACGGGACCGACCUAAAUCCGGAGGUGAACAAAGCCACAUAAUGUCAAUAGCUCGAUCUUCUGUCCAUGCCAAAUGGAUUGUGGGAAAGGUUAUUGGGACAGCAAUGCAAAAAACUGCUAAAGUGAGAGUGACCAGGCUUGUUCUGGAUAACUAUUUGUUAAAGUAUUUUAACAAGAGGAAAACCUACUUUGCUCAUGAUGCUCUCCAGCAGUGCACGGUUGGGGAUAUUGUGCUUCUCAAAGCAUUACCUGUUCCACGAACGAAGCAUGUGAAGCAUGAACUAGCUGAAAUCGUUUUCAAAGUGGGAAAAGUCAUAGAUCCAGUGACAGGAAAACCCUGUGCAGGAACCACAUACCUGGAAAGUCCAGUCAGUUUGGAAACCAGCCACCAAAGCAAAGAUCUGAAAGAACUUAGUAGCUCUUCAGCACAAUAGAGGAGGCUCAAAAAAAGAGAAAGAUUUACAAGUUUGCUUUAUGGAAAAAAAUUUUGCUAACUCUCGUUUUAAACUGUGUCCAAUUGCUCUUUGGUAUUUAUGAAGUUACUGAAAGUAAAUUAGAUAAAGGGCUUGUUAUAAGUUUUCACAAAGGUUUAUGGUCAUAGUUCCAAUUUCCUUUUUCGGUGAACAUUAAGUUCCUUUUACAUUAAGUGUGUCUAGCAGUCUACUACAUCAUUUUGCAAGCUCAUUGCUUUAGAGGGCAUAUUGUUUUUUCAUUCUAAGGAAUCUUGAAUUUCUCUCAGGACUUUUAUUUGGGGGAAGAAAACCUUUUGAUAUCAUAGAUAGAUAAGACCAUAUUAAGUGAAUAUUUAUUUUUUGAUGGUAUAUAUUCAAAAUUAAUUUUUUUUCUGAUUUCACCAAUUCCAAAGAGAAAUAAUAAACAUGUUUGUAGUCAGACUUUGUCAGAUUAAGCUGUAUUAAUAAAGAUGUCAGCAUGUAGAAAAUAAAAUGUAAAAUUCUC